AUGUAUGGUCUGAUCUUGGAGAACCUUAGUCAAUACAUCAUUAGUGUUUAUGGUGAAGAGAAGUGGGAGGAGAUUCGGAAGCUGGCGAACGUGACCAAAGGCGGUUUCACGACUCGACAGGUGUACAACGAUUCUAUGAUCCCCAAGCUCACCGGUUCAGCCUGCCAGGUACUGGGCAUUCCAGAGAAGGAGUUUCUAGAAGGCAUGGGAGUCUACUUCGUUUCCUUUGUCGGCCACUACGGCUACGACCGCGUGCUAUCAGUUCUGGGUCGUCACAUGCGGGACUUCCUGAACGGCCUGGACAACUUGCACGAAUACCUCAAGUUUAGUUACCCCAGAAUGAAAGCCCCCUCCUUUUUCUGUGAGAGGGAGACGUCCACAGGCCUGACCUUACACUACAGAAGCACCAGAAGGGGCUUCCUCUGGUAUACCAUUGGGCAGAUCAAGGAGGUGGGUAGACAUUUCUACGACACCGCCGUCGACGUACACGUUCUAAGUCACGAAAGCUCUGUCGCGGCCAUCCACGUCAUCAUGCAGCUUUCCUUCGACAACAGAGCCUUCCAGCUGGAACAGAAUCGGACGGCGAGCCGGGUGGACAGGCUCAUGCUGCCCAUCAAGGCCUUCCUCUUCCUCGAGAUCUUCCCCUUCUGCCUCGUCUUCGAUUCAGGCCUCAACAUCAAAACCAUCGGCAAGAGUCUUCGAGCCAUCAUGCCGGACAUCGCGGGGAGGAAGCUUUCCGAAGUGUUCAGCCUCACCAGGCCGCUCAUCGAAUGUACGUGGGAAGCGAUUCUCGUACAUUCCAAUAACAUCUUCGAGCUCAGCUCAGUGGAUCCAAUUCGCAACAACAGCAACGGAAAUUUGUGUCUGAAGAGUGAAGACUCGGAAGAUGAGGACAACGACGAUGACGUCAAUAUGGAAGACAGGCUUCUUCAUUUAAAAGGUCAAAUGCUCUACAUGGAAGAAUGGAAAAGCAUGGCUUAUCUGGGCACCCCGGUCAUGCGUGAUUUGGAUGCAAUGCUGCACACUGGUCUAUACAUCAACGAUUUGAGUAUGCACGAUUUCAGCAGAGACAUGGUUCUAGCAGGUCAACAGCAAUCGGCAGAAUUAAAACUCGCUUUGGACCAGGAACUUCAGAAAAGUCGUCAGCUGGAAGAAUCCAUGAAGAGGCUGGACACUGAAAUGAAACGCACGGAUGAGCUCCUAUACCAGAUGAUUCCGAAGCAAGUGGCCGACAGGCUCAGGAGGGGGGAGGCUGCAGUCGAGACCUGUCAGGAUUUUGAUUGUGUGACUGUUCUGUUCAGUGACGUAGUCUCCUUUACUGAAAUUUGUAGUCGAAUAGCACCUAUGCAAGUAGUAUCCAUGUUGAAUCAUAUGUACAGUUUAUUUGAUCAGUUGACCGAAGAACAUGAUGUGUACAAGGUGGAAACUAUCGGAGAUGCUUAUAUGGUGGUAUCCGGCGCUCCGGAUAGGGUGGCCUGCCAUGCGGAAAAAGUCUGUCGCAUGGCGUUGGACAUGGUCGACGUCAUCGGUGGAUUGGAAGACCCAUCUACAGGGGAAAGUCUCAAAAUUAGAGUUGGUAUUCAUUCUGGAGCAGUGGUUGCUGGUGUAGUGGGAUUGAAGAUGCCCAGGUACUGCCUGUUUGGCGACACCGUCAACACGGCUUCGAGAAUGGAGAGCACGAGUGAAGCACUAAAAAUACAUAUCAGUGAAGAAACGGCAGAACGACUACCAUCAGACCAAUGGGACAUAUCCGAAAGGGGCACUAUCAGCGUUAAAGGAAAAGGUUUAAUGAAAACAUAUUGGCUUAAUGGAUAUAAAGGCACUCCACGGAAAAGAGCGUCCCUCGACAUCGUUCCAACCAUUCCAGAGCCAUCCCAGUUCGGGGAUUCUCACCAAACCUACUCUCCAGUGACAUUGGGUGCCAACAGAGGUCGAGCUUUCUCCAUAAAUCCAGCCCUGCUGUACACCACCAGUUCUCAGCCUGGAACUUCCCAGCAUGUUGGAAUACAAACAUCGCACGAACCCAAAACUGCCAGCAGAGUUCGAUUUGCCAGCAGUGCUUCCUUGUUCUCCAACCAGAACGUCACGAUACAGCCCUCCACAGCAUGGGAUGACAACGGACAAGUGUCAAAUAGUUUUGGUUGCUCCUGCUGUCAACACCAAUGUCAGGCAAGGGCGCCUGUAAAACCCCUGAAGAUCGUUAAGACAAGGCGAUCUUUAAAGAACGCUGUUAAAAAAAUCCUCGUCAUGCCAAAAAAUAAUGAUGAACGUACCAACAGUGAACAUGUUCUACCACCACCUAAAACAUACUCCUGCUGUAUUCUGUAG